AUGAGCAGAGAUGACAGACGGGAUUUCCGCGUGGAGGACGAAGCUGACCAACUUGCUCAAGAAGAAAGUGAAGGAACUGCUCCGGAGUUCUCUCCUGAUGGCGCAGGUCUAGAAACAGCCUUGUUUCCCUCCGUAAGAAUGACGCCUGAAGAGGAGGACGAAAUCGACGAGAACGAAAGAGUUCAACCAAGUAUGGAACGAUCGGCGAUGGACCGAGAAGCGCCUGCUUUGCAGCCGGGUGAUUCGACGAAGAGUUCCACUGCUUCUGCUGCAAUAAGCUCCGAAGAGAAUACAAAUGCUCGUCUGCAGCGAACGACGGCCGCUGAGCUCAAUGCCUUAGCGCAGACGGGUCGUCUCGUGAGUGCGAAAGUCAUAACGUCAGAGGUACCGGUGUCCAGAAUCACGAAUAUGUUGUUGACCGAAGCAGACAGGUCCAAGCUAUAUCACUGGGCUCUGUUGCUUCACUUUCGUGUCAGCAAAAGUCAGCAACAGCAGCAGGCUACUUGUAAAAAAAUGCGACGACAACAACAAGAUUCUAAAGUAGGAGAACGUCGUUCGUCCAAGACUGCUGGAUCCUCGACCACGUCACAACACUUUUCAGGAGGUAAUAUAGCUAAGAGACGCACGAGUCUCUUCCCCAGUCCUACAUGGAGCAUUGCAUCAGGAUCACCCGAGCUCUCUGGCUCUGCAGCUGCGACAGAGGAGAGGAGCAGUGACUCUCCGCCGGCUGCCAUUGAAAAAAAGGAGAAUAUUCCGAGUGGCAAGUCGUGGUCGGUCGACGAAAUAGUUGAAGAAUUCGAGAAGUUUGCAGUAGAUCCAGCCACCUCGGAGUUGGUGGCCUUAAGGCUAUUUUGUUCGGGGGAACUUGGAAGGAGUCGCUAUCGAGGAUUCGUAAAGCGACCACCCUUCUAUGAUGCCCCCGGAGUAAGCUCUAAUGUCCCUCAAACAGGAAGAACAUCAGCUUCAGCAGCGUGCGCGCUCAGGCUCGAUGUGCAGCACUGCCGUACCCGAGAGUCGCCGAGGAUCUCUUACGCGAACCGACAGUCGUCGAGGCUCGUUCACGACAGGUCCAGGUAGCAGUGGACCUCUACUGCCGUCCUCGUCUUUCGUCUCUCCAGCACCAACUCCUCGCACACAGCGAGGACCUACAACAGGUUUUUUGAGCAGUCGUCCACCACUACUAGAAUUCGAAUUCUCGGAAUACGAAAAAAUCGAUGAGCAGAAUUAUUGCGGAGCGUCGUCGGUGACUAGCAGUAGACCUCGUUCCUCCGAGCGCUCGCGGUCGCCAUCACCUGGUGUGGGGCUAGAGCACUGUUCCUCGAAAGGAAGCAAACGGGGGAUGGAGGCAUCGCCACGCGAGCUUUCUUCACCUUUUGGCAAGCCCUACGCGGGACCGGCAGGCACGUCGGUGCAGUCGUUAAGGCUUCCCCUAAGUAGUCCAUCUUCAGAGGCAUCCUUGCGAGGCUUUUCAAGGGGAGAAGCAAGGCGCCUAGGAUGCAUCUCAGGAUGGACUAGGGUGAGCGCUAAAGUCACCGGAGGGCACGGACAGCGAAGUGAGUUCGGCGUGGAUGAUGGUACAAGGCGAGAACGAUGCUGAGGGAGCUGGAACCACGACAGGGCUCGAGUGCCCUCUGAGUCAUGGGGGCUCGAUCCGUACCAAAGCAGCGUCAAGCUCAGUCUUCAUGAAUUGCGACGAACCAGGCCGAACAAAUGGAGGACCGUCUACUACUUCUUUGGAAAAAGACCCAUCUACACCAUCUUGUCGUUCAGAACAAACUACGUCUUUGACUAUGAUCGACGUGCUUGUGCGCAUAGAACGACUGGCCUCGGGGAAAGUUGUGAUCUUGAAACUCAAACCAGAAAACGAUGACAAAACAUCUUCUUCUCAGCAACAAUAUGAUCAUGAUGACGAUGUCCUUCAAGAAGAGUCGCAGUCGAGCACCGUCAAAGCAGAACUACGACCACCUCUGGAGGAGCACGUCCUUGUGGAUGCUGAUGAGGAAACUCCAAUCGGGUGGGAAGCUCCAGCUCCGGAAGGGAUCGCGCUAGAUACGCACAAGUUCGCCCAGUGGGUGUUCGAGGAAACCGAAGUUGCGGGAUUCAUGGACAAGGAGGUUUUGUUACAUGGGAGUGGGAGCGAACAACCAGCACAAGGUCGCGGUCAAGAACCAGGAGUACAAGCAAGUGAACAAGAAGCUCACUUUGAUCCCAUCGGCGCAGAAGGUUCGCCAGGACCACGAGUGAGUCGUGGACAACAUGAUCACCAAGGUAGUGCAGCAACAACUUCUAGUCAACCUCGGGUACCGUUUCUUCCGGAUCUACCUUUUUCGGCACGCAUCUGGACUGAACGCGUGAAUUCUGCUCCAGGCGUGACCUCCUCUGCUAUUAGGAUGUCAAAUUCGGAGGACACUGUCGGUGCAGAAUAUGGUGCGACGGAUGACGAAGGCGCACUAAACAAUGAAGAUCAUGCUAGUUGUACAUCAAACCCUACUAUCAAUACGUCGGGCGAGUCUGACACACGCCAGACGGGGGCAGAGGGUUCUGCAGUGCAAAGACCCGCGGCUUUGGCAGAGAAUCGAGAAACUGACUUCGUGCUGCCAUCUUGCAAUCAACAGCAGCAGUCUAUUGGGGAGCGAAUCGGCGACGGCGCCGUCACUGGAGGGGAGUCGCUUGCUCUGCUGGCUACGGCGUCGGCCAGAUCGACUGGUGCAUGUGCCUGUGGUGACAAUGGUCCUCCUUUUCAGACCUCGCGUACAACUUCAGCGCAGAAGAAAUACCACAUUGCAUUGAACUCAUGCCAGCAUCUCGUGUUUCGCUUUUUUCGCGAUGUUCUCGAGUUACGAUCUGCGGGUCGCAAACACUUCUGCACAGUGCCUGCCAGAGGUUCUUCCUUGGCGGACAUGCCAGGGGCGGGUUUGCUGGAGCGAUAUCGCUUUCUGUCCGCUUGCGGAGGCAGCGAUUGUGGGGAGGAGAGCGAAAGCGCUGUGCGCGGAGAGCCGCAAGAUGAAGCAGGUGCACCGCUACAACUGCAACCUGACAUGCCUUGCGCUUGUCGAGGAUGUCGAGGUGGAGGCUACAAAAAGACGUAUGACUUUGAUGCGUCAGGAGGUGAGGCUGGCUCUUCUUUUGCGAUCACGUGCUGUCGUAGUCGUACUAGGAGCGCAAAAAUCGCCGUUGUUCGUCACCGCCGAUCAUCCGCUCCUCGUAAUCCGCACCAGCGUCAUCGCAGUGACAAAACGCAAAUGCAGGCUGCGUCAAGUCCCACAUCGCCGUCCGCAGACGAGGAGGAGGAGGCAAUAGAAGAAACUUUUCUUCAGGAUAGAAGCAGAUCUUCGCAUGAGGAUGGUCGUCACUUCGAUGCGCCUGCUACGGGGACCGAUAUUCCGGGGGCACCCGCUGGUCUUGCGAUGGAUGCGGAUGAACAACUGCCGGAUGAUCCGAAGCACACUCGUGGUAGUGAUGGCAGCCCGUCUACCUGCGGUGAAGAGACGACGCUGAUGGUCCAAUGUGAACCAGAGGUGCUGUCGUGGAAUCCCCUGGCAUGGUCCAUGGGCGUCGCACUGCCGAACGAGUGGAGAAAGUCCGCGGAUGUGGAACGAAGACAGUGCAACGUUAAGGCUCCAAACAAUUUAUUUCGAGGCGUUAUUUUUCCUCUUCCUUUCCUAGGAUUGGGGAAAUGCAGUCACGAAAUGAGGUGUCUUGAGCUCUAACAGCGAAGAUUUCGAGCGCUUUCAAUUCCUGAUCUCGAAUGCGAUCAAGGAUUUCCGAGAUCCGCCGUUGUUUCACACCGAUGUCGUCUUGGCGGACGGCACUCGAGCAACCGCGAAAACGCAGAAGGGGUUGCUGCUACUGUAG